AUGUCUUGGUCAGGGCUCACAGACGUGAGGAAGCAACUAACUUUCUACGGGGCAUACCACUCGAAUCCUACGAAUAUCCUCAUCCAUGUCUGUUGUGUUCCUAUGAUCAUGUGGUCCGCGCAGGUGCUCCUUACUGAUGCGCCGAGGCCAUCGUGGCUCCCCGUCUACGACUACAAGAUAAACGAUUAUCUCGAGCUCGAGCUCAACUAUGGUCUGAUACAGACCGCGCUUUAUCUGAGCUAUUUCUUCGUGUUGGAGCCCGUGGCAGCUUUACUCUAUACACCUCAGAUGCUUCUGUCCCUUUUGACUGCCACGUCCUUUGCACACAAGCAGAAUGCCCUUGCCGUUGCGGGUAGCGUUCAAGCCUUCUCGUGGAUUGCACAGUUCCUCGGCCACGGUCUUGCAGAGCAUCGUGCGCCGGCGCUACUGGACAAUCUUCUCGGAGCUAUUGUACUUGCUCCGUUUUUUGUGCAUCUGGAAAUCUUGUUUAAACUUGGCUAUCGUCCCGACUUUCACAAACAGCUGAAUAACGACAUCGGCAUGGAGAUUGCGCGCAUCAAGAAGAUUGAAGGCGACAAGAGGCGGGCGCAGGAAGCGGCUAAGAAGGAACUCUAG